AUGCGGCGCUCCGUCUCGCGCGCCGCGCUGCUGCUGCUGCUAACCGCAGCGUCGGCACACCACAGCGCCGCCGUCGGGGAAGAGGCGGCCGCCGCCGACCACGCCGCGUCGGCCGACGCCGUCCCCGUCGCCCCUGCCGGCGCCAGGGCGGCCGUCGUUCCGGUCCACAGCGAAGGCGCCACCGACAACAAAGUUCCGGUGCCCGCCGCAGCCGGCGACGCCCGCUACGCCGACGGAGACGAGAGUGGCGAGGGCGAGCACAUCGCCGACGUCGUGGCGCAGGACGGCAGCCUUUCGCGGGUGAGAAAGUCGUGCCCUCCCUUCGGCCCGUGCAAGCAGUUCUGCAUCGAAGUCCGGCCGCGAGACCCGCGCCAGUCGCCGUUCAUCAUCUGCGAGCCGCCCGACCACGCGAAGAACCCGGUCCCGCCGUAUCCGUUCAGCCCCCCGUACCCUUACUACCCGGAUUACGAGUAUCCUUACCCACCGGGGCCCAAGGAGCCUCUCCCGCCGGCGCCAGAGCCGUAUCCGGGGUACCCGUACUCGCCCUACUACAAAGCGCCGUAUCCCCCGCCACCGCUUUACUACCCUCUACCAGUGCCGGCGCAGUCGGCGCACAACUCCGCCUCCUCCGCAGCGGCCACGGCCACGGCGUCGACGGCGCUGCAGGGCCUCAGCAGCCUGGUGCCACAUUUCCGCGCGGUGGAGGAGCAAAAGUCCUCGCCGGCGGCCAGCAAACCGGACGCUUCUCCAGACUCGUCCGAGAAGCCGGCAGCGUCGCCUUCGCCCUCGGCCCGCAGCGUCUACGACCCGGCCUACCACACCUAUCCGGACUUCCCCGUGCCGGCGCCGUGCUACGCAGACCCCAGGUACCCGCCGCCUCUGGCGGCGGAGCCCGACGAGAUGAUGCGGCAGGCUAGCGGCGGGAGCUCCGAGCACAGCGACAGCAAGUCCGGUCCUACGAAGGUCAACCUGCCCCUGGAGAAUCCCAAGAAGAGCGACUCGUCCGUCCGGGCAGCGCAGAUGGCGCCCGCUUACGGAGCGCCCUUCGGCAGCCCGUUCGCGCCCUUCGGGUACCAGCCGAUGCCGUACGGUUACCCAACUGCGCCUUACGGUCCUGCCAACUUUCAGUCCAGCUACUACAAGUCGGCAGAGCCGAAGCAGUCCAAACCCGGAGCGCCGCCUGCCACUCCGUACGUCCCACAGAACCCAUCAGUCCCCCCGGACACCGAGCUGCCUAAGGACGGCGUAGGAGCGCCGCCGUCUCCGGCAGCCAACAGCGUCCUCAAAGCUGGCAUUCCGGCUCCUGCGGCCCCCGGCAGCCCAGCGCCGCCUUCGGCUGCCUCGAGUCCACCGGCGUCUUCGCCGCCUGCUGCCGGCGCCGCCAAGGACAAACCACCAGCCGCGCCGGCGCCGCCGUCGGCUAGCAAACCGAAAUCCGCGUCGGAGGUAGAUGACCAACCCAAGGUGGCCGUCAGCCCACUACACAGAGGGUACCAGCAUCGGUACGGCUAUUGGGGCCAGUCUGUAGUGCCUGGCCAUCUCUACGGCAACCAGUACCAAAACUACCCCGGAAUGCAUUAUGGUAUGAUGUAA